AGCAAGCAAGUUAUUAUUUGCAUUAAUUCCAACUAAUAUUUCCAAUAACCAAAAAAAAUGAUGAGAAGAAUGCAGCUACAAUCAUUACUCUUUUCCUCAUCACUCAUACUAAUAACACUCAGCACCGUCACUUCAGCACAGCUCUCACCAGUUCAGCCCCCAACAACAACAACAACAACCGCACCCCCAACGCCGCCGCUCUCACAGCCCACAGCACCCGCCCCGGGAUUUAACACCGUGCCCCUAGUACCAACCACACCAAGUGCGGCCCCCACACCCACCGUAACGGUCCCAAAGGGCCCCACCAUCGACAUCGUUCAAAUCCUCAAAAAAGCCAAGAGAUUCUCCGUCCUCAUCCGCCUCCUCAAGACAACACAGCUCAUCAACCAGCUAAACUCGCAGCUCGUCACCACUUCCUCCGGCGGCUUAACCCUCUUCGCACCUGAAGACUCCGCCUUCUCCAAGCUCAAACCAGGCUUCCUCAACUCCCUCACUGAUCGCCAGAAGGUUGAGCUCUUGCAGUUCCACUCACUCUCUUCCUUCAUCGCCAUCUCCAACUUCGAUACUCUCACCAACCCUGUUCAGACACAAGCCGGUGAUGACCCUCAGAGGCUUCAGCUUAAUGUUACCACCUAUGGAGGUAGCCAGGUUAACAUGGCCACCGGCGCCGUCAACGCCACCAUUACUGGCACCAUUUACUCAGACAAUAAGCUUGCCAUAUACCAGGUGGACAAGGUGCUUCUGCCACUUGACCUCGUGCUUCCUGCAAAAUCCCCGGCUCCGGCGCCGGGUCUUGCUUCGGCCAAGGCAUUGCCGAAGGCGGCAAAGGGAAAUUCAACCACGGCUGCGGACGAUAGUGGUAGCGACGCCGGUGACACCGAUGACGACAAGGCAUUGCCGACAGAUGCUUCUUCUGCAGAAUCGGUGAAGGUGGUAGUGUGGAUGAAUGUUGCUGUCGCAGUGGCUUUGGUGGGUGCAACCAUGCUUUAAUCUGAAACAGAGUAUAGGAAUUUUUUUUUGUUUUUUUUUUUGUGGGA